GCAGUCUCUGGUCAUUCCCUGCACUGUCUGCAGUCUCUGGUCAUUCCCUGCACUGUCUGCAGUCUCUGGUCAUUCCCUGCACUGUCUGCAGUCUCUGGUCAUUCCCUGCACUGUCAGCAGUCUCUGGUCAUUCCCUGCACUGUCCGCAGUCUCUGGUCAUUCCCUGCACUGUCCGCAGUCUCUGGUCAUCUCCUGCACUGUGUCCGCAGUCUCUGGUCAUCUCCUGUACUGUGUCCGCAGUCUCUGGUCAUCUCCUGUACUGUGUCCGCAGUCUCUGGUCAUCUCCUGUACUGUGUCCGCAGUCUC